GUUCCCCUUCAAAACCAAAACGCUCCCCGAAAAUUCUUUUUAUCUUCCCAUUUUUAUCGAGAAAAUAUGGAGAACUCAACCCAGGAAUCUCACCUCCGAUCAGAUACUUCCAUCACCUAUGAAUCUCCAUACCCUCUUUACGCCAUGGCCUUCUCCUCCUCCCCUUCCACCCACCACAAUCACCAUCGUAUCACCGUCGGCAGCUUCAUUGAAGACUACAACAACCGUAUCGACAUUCUUUCCUUCGACCUUGAAACCCAGCUAAUUGCUCAUGAUAAGGAGGUUUACGACAUUGCUUGGGGCGAAGUAAGGGUUUUUGCUUCGGUUUCUGCAGAUGGGUCGGUGAGAAUUUUCGACUUGAGGAAUAAGGAACACUCCACCAUCAGCUACGAGAGUCCCCAGCCUGAUACGCCUUUGCUCAGAUUAGCUUGGAAUAAGCAAGAUUUGAGGUAUAUGGCUACUAUUUUGAAAGAUAAAAAAAAAACCUAA